AUGCAGUCGAAGGGUAGGCUUCACAACUUCAGGUCGAGGAGCUUUUCGAGAUCCAGACUCGCUAUCGAAGGAUCAUAGCCAAUAGCCAUAGCUCUUUGUUACAGUCAUCUCCGUCUCGAAUUUCUUCUCUAUUCAUAGAUUUCAUUACCCUCGUGAAAAAAUCGUCUCUUUUUUGUUUCCUAGUGUGUUCUCAAGGAUAAUGGCUUCGUAUGGCGAGGAGCGUGAAAUCCAAAAGAAUUACUGGAAAGAGCAUUCAGUGGGAUUGAGUGUUGAAGCUAUGAUGCUUGAUUCCAAAGCUUCUGACCUCGACAAAGAAGAACGUCCUGAGAUACUUGCGUUUCUUCCACCUAUUGAAGGGACAACAGUGCUAGAGUUUGGUGCUGGAAUUGGUCGUUUUACUACUGAAUUAGCUCAGAAGGCCGGCCAGGUCAUUGCGGUUGACUUCAUUGAAAGUGUUAUCAAAAAGAAUGAGAACAUUAACGGUCACUACAAGAACGUCAAAUUUCUGUGCGCUGAUGUCACAUCACCAAAUAUGAACUUUCCAAAUGAGUCUAUGGAUCUGAUAUUCUCCAACUGGCUGCUAAUGUAUCUCUCUGAUCAAGAGGUUGAAGAUUUGGCGAAAAAGAUGUUACAAUGGACAAAGGUUGGCGGGUAUAUUUUCUUUCGGGAGUCUUGUUUCCAUCAGUCUGGUGAUAACAAGCGGAAGUACAACCCAACACACUACCGUGAACCUAAAUUUUACACAAAGCUUUUCAAAGAAUGCCAUAUGAAUGACGAAGAUGGGAAUUCGUAUGAACUCUCUUUGGUUAGCUGUAAAUGCAUUGGAGCUUAUGUGAGAAACAAAAAGAACCAGAACCAGAUAUGCUGGCUUUGGCAGAAAGUCAGUUCGGAUAAUGAUAGGGGCUUCCAACGCUUCUUGGACAAUGUCCAGUAUAAGUCUAGUGGUAUCUUACGCUAUGAGCGUGUCUUUGGAGAAGGGUUUGUUAGCACAGGGGGACUCGAGACAACAAAGGAAUUCGUGGAUAUGCUGGAUCUGAAACCUGGCCAAAAAGUUCUAGACGUUGGGUGCGGAAUAGGAGGAGGGGACUUCUACAUGGCUGAGAACUUUGACGUGGAUGUUGUGGGCAUUGAUCUAUCUGUAAACAUGAUCUCUUUUGCGCUUGAACACGCAAUAGGACUCAAAUGCUCUGUAGAAUUCGAAGUAGCUGAUUGCACCAAGAAGGAGUAUCCUGAUAACACCUUUGAUGUUAUUUAUAGCAGAGACACCAUUCUACAUAUCCAAGACAAGCCAGCAUUGUUCAGAAGAUUCUACAAAUGGUUGAAGCCGGGAGGGAAAGUUCUCAUCACUGAUUACUGCAGAAGCCCCAAAACCCCAUCUCCAGACUUUGCAAUCUACAUCAAGAAACGAGGUUAUGAUCUUCAUGAUGUACAAGCAUACGGUCAGAUGCUGAGAGAUGCUGGUUUCGAGGAGGUAAUCGCGGAGGAUAGAACCGAUCAGUUCAUGAAAGUCCUGAAACGGGAACUGGAUGCAGUGGAGAAGGAGAAGGAAGAAUUCAUCAGUGACUUCUCGAAAGAGGAUUACGAGGAUAUUAUAGGCGGGUGGAAGUCAAAGCUACUUAGGAGCUCAAGUGGUGAGCAGAAGUGGGGUUUGUUCAUCGCCAAGAGAAACUGAUUAUGGCAUUUACUAUAAGUUGGAAAUAAAUUUGGGUAUGUAUGUAGAUCAUCAAAACCCAGUACCCUGCUAUUAUCUCUACAAGCUAUAUAUAUGUGGCUGUGAGGUUCCUUUAAUGUCUCCAUUUUACAGCAUAUCCAGUUUGGUAUUUAAUAUAUGUGAUAUUUUGAAA